GCCCCGAGGGCUCCCGCGCCUUCCGCCGACCCGGAAUCUGGGACUUUGCUGAGCUGCGCCCCGCCCACCCGCCUCAGGGUUUCCCCACGCCCACGGAGGUGAAUCAGCUUCGGUCCUGCCCUGGAGGAACUCACAGUCUAGUGAGGUAGACCGUGGUCAGUAGAUGGCAUUCUACUUAGUGAGAGGGUGAGGCCCCUGAAAGGUCAUCCCGGCCUGGCCUCUGGUUGGGGCCGCCCUGGAUUCACCGGGAGCCCCAACCUCUCCUCCCUGCCCCACCCCACCCCACGCCACCCCCAAAGCUGUUUGGCCAUGCCAGAAUGUUUAAGUACUCUGGGAUGGUGUGAGAAUUGGUUUAGGGCCUGGAGGCUGUACUCUGAACGAGCACCCUAUGGGGGCCUGACACCCUGGUCCCUCGCUUUGAGAAGCUCUGGGAUAGGAUUCCUGAGAUGGAUAGAGGCAGAAGGAGCGUCCCCACAGGCUGCAGGUUACUACUCAGAGCAUUAUAUAACACACACUGAGGGAUCUGUGUGCCAGAUGCUAGACUAAGCCUUCCUUGAAGCCAGCAUUACUGGUCCACAAGCCCCUGAGUCCAGCUUCCUGCAGCUCAGUUAGAGCUCCUGCCCCAUGAGUGGCUGGUGAAAGAAGGGAGCCCCAGUUUCUCUGCUACACUCAGUGGAAGCUUAGUCUCUGCCACAUGGAGCUGGAAAGAAGCCCCAGUAACUGAGUUUUAGCAGCUCAACUACGAAAAAGUGCUCAAGGUGCCGCGGCCUCCAUGCCUAAAGCGGAGCGUGUGUGUGGUGUCGAUGCAGCUGUCUUCUGCAGCCUCUUUGGGGCCACAGGACCAAGCGCCAUUUGAGUGACACACUGCACUCUACUCCCGGGGGUGCCUGUGCUGGACAUGCUCAUGCCCGCCGAGGGCACCCCGCCACCCCUGGGUGGCACUCCUGUCCCAGUCCCAGCCUACUUCCGCCAUGCAGAGCCUGGCUUCUCCCUCAAGAGGCCCAGGGGGCUCAGUCGGAGCCUCCCGCCCCGGCCCCCUGCCAAGGGCAGCAUCCCUGUCAGCCGCCUCUUCCCUCCUCGGACCCCAGGCUGGCAUCAGCCCCACGCCCGGCGGGUGUCAUUCCGGGACCAGGCCUCUGAGCCCCUGCAGAGCCCCGGGUAUGAUCCAAGUCGACCGGAGUCGUUCUUCCAGCAGAGUUUCCACAGGCUCGGCCGCCUGGGCCAUGGCUCUUAUGGGGAGGUCUUCAAGGUGCGCUCCAAGGAAGACGGUCGGCUCUACGCAGUGAAGCGCUCCAUGUCGCCGUUCCGGGGCCCCAAGGACCGAACCCGCAAGCUGGCUGAGGUGGGCGGCCACGAGAAGGUGGGGCAGCACCCGCGCUGCGUGCGGUUGGAACAAGCCUGGGAGGAGGGCGGCAUCCUGUACCUACAGACGGAGCUGUGUGGGCCCAGCCUGCAGCAGCACUGCGAGGCCUGGGGCGCUGGCCUGCCCGAGGCUCAGGUCUGGGGCUAUCUGCGGGACACCCUGCUGGCCCUGGCCCACCUGCACGGCCAGGGCCUGGUCCACCUGGAUGUCAAGCCUGCCAACAUCUUCCUGGGGCCCCGGGGCCGCUGCAAGCUGGGUGACUUCGGGCUGCUGGUCGAGCUGGGCGCGUCGGGAGCUAGCGAGGCCCAGGAGGGAGACCCCCGCUACAUGGCCCCCGAGUUGCUCCAGGGCUCUUACGGGACAGCAGCAGAUGUGUUCAGCCUAGGCCUCACCAUCCUGGAGGUGGCGUGCAACAUGGAACUGCCCCGCGGUGGGGAGGGCUGGCAGCGGCUGCGUCAGGGCUACCUGCCCCCUGAGUUCACCGCUGGCCUGUCCUCUGAGCUGCGUUCCGUCCUCGUCAUGAUGCUGGAGCCUGACCCCAAUCUGCGGGCCACCGCCGAGGCCCUGCUGGCCCUGCCCGUGCUCAGGCAGCCACGGCCCUGGAGCGUCCUGUGGUUCAUGGCCGCCGAGGCCCUCAAUCGAGGCUGGGCCCUGUGGCAGGCCCUGCUCUCCCUGCUCUGCUGGCUCUGGCACGGGCUGGCUCACCCCGCCAGCUGGCUGCAGCCCCCGGGUCCACCGGCCACCCCACCCGGGUCGCCGCCCUGCAGCCUUCUCCUGGACCGCAGCCUCUCCAGCACCUGGGGCGACGACAGCAUAGGGCCCUCACUGUCUCCAGAGGCCAUCCUGGCCAGGGCUGCCGGCAGCACCUCCACCCCCCGCAGUGGCUCCCCUGCCCCCCGGAGCAGGCACACGCCGAGGGAUGCUCUGGACCUGAGUGACAUUGACUCAGAGCCCCCUCGGGGCACCUUCCCUGCCUUUGAACCUCGGAACCUCCUCAGCCUGUUUGAGGACUCCCUGGGCCCAAGCUAAGCCCACAGGCCCAGGCUCAGCGCUUUUAACCUCUUAGCCCCUCCCUUCCAUCCUCCUGGAGGCUGGGGUCCCUGUGUGGACUCCAGUGGUCCCUUCUGCCUGGCUGUGUCUAAUAAAAGGUAUUUGAAUCUUG